AAUGUCUGAAAAUGCAAAUGAUGAAGUGAACGUCAGUAAACACAAAAAUAAACGUUAUUUUGAAGACACGGUGGAUGAAAAUGAGGUAAAAAAGAUAAAAGUUAAGCGCAAACGACAAGACUUUAAAGGAGAAAUUAUUAAAGUGGAGCAAAGUGUACAAAAGCCCUUCAAAUCUAAAACAUACGUUAAAAAAUUCCGGCCACAGUUGGACAAGCGACCAAAACUUCCCAAAGAAGUAUUAAAUAAACACACAAGAGGUGAACGGGUAGACACUGAUGGAAUUAAAACGAACUAUUUUAAAGAGAAGCAACGGCGUAAAGAAAUUUAUUUGGAAUAUGCUACUGAACAAGCAGCCCGCACUGAAAUAUUAUUAUCGGAGCCACAGGGUUUUAUAGAACCCGGUGAUGGGGAAAUAACGGCUCAAUACCGUCAGGCAGAUAUAGUUAAAAAUGUUGAUAUACAAUCGGCAGCCAAGCAUUUUAAAUUGAAUUUGGAUUUUGGACCCUAUUGUAUGCGUUAUUCUAAAAACGGUCGCCAUUUACUUUUGGGUGGACGGAAAGGCCAUGUAGCGGCCUUUGAUUGGGUGACUAAAAAAUUACAUUGUGAAAUGAAUGUUAUGGAAGAGGUAGCGGAUGUAAGCUUCUUUCAUACACACACAAUGUUUGCUUGCGCUCAAAAGGAUCACGUUUAUGUGUACGAUAACCAGGGAACCGAAUUGCAUUGUGUUAAAAGGUUAUAUAGGGUAAACAGAAUGGAAUUUUUGCCUUACCAUUUUUUGGCUACGGGUAAUAAUGAUGGAUAUGCUUCCUGGUUGGACGUAUCGAUAGGAGAACUGGUGGGUAAUUUCAAUACUAAUGUGGGAGCCAUACGCUUAAUGCGGCAUAAUCCUGCUAAUGGAGUCCUAUGUAUAGGCGGUGGCAAAGGCGUAGUGUCAAUGUGGUCACCGAAGGUUAAAGAACCUUUAGCUAAACUAUUGUGUCAUCCUACACCUAUAUCAACGUUAACGGUAGACCACAAAGGUCAACAUUUGAUAACGGCAGGUUUGGAUCGUUUUGUUAAAGUUUGGGAUAUACGAGCUUUGAGCGGUCCUUUGGUUCAGUACAGACUUCGCGUGCCAGCAAAUCAAUUAGACGUUUCUCAAAGGGGUGUUCUAGCUCUUAGCCAGGGCAAAAAUUGCGAGAUGUACACUAAUUUUGUAAUGGAGAAAAAGCCAAGCCAGCCUUAUUUAAAGCAUUAUUCUGAUACUUUUGUACAUGGUAUGCGUUUUUGUCCGUAUGAAGACAUUUUGGGUAUUGCAACAGCCAAUGGUUUUCAGUCGCUAUUAGUACCAGGUUCAGGUGAACCUAACUAUGACGCGUUAGAAGAUAAUCCUUAUGAAACAAAGAAGCAAAGACGUGAACGUGAAGUACAUGCCCUACUCGAAAAAAUACCAGCAGAGCUGAUCACUUUGGAUCCUAAUGAUAUUACCACUGUUGACGUACCCUCACUUCAAGAGAAAGUGGACGCGAAAAAAGCUCUAUUCUUUCUUAAACCACCCCAGGUGACAAUAAACCCACGUCGUAAAAUGAAGGGUCGUGGCGGAAGUGUUAAAGCGGCCCGUAAUAAACAAAUUGUUAAGGACAUAAAGAGAAAGGAAUUCAUUGCAAACAUCCGGCAAACCAAAAAAUCCAUAAUUGCAACGCAUAAGCAAGAGGAGGUCGGUGAAGACUUUUUACCUUUGGAAACACCUACUAGUGUUCUGGAUCGUUUCAAGCCGAAGAAAAUGAAAAAAUAAAAAAAAACUAUUUUACUUUUGUUUAUAUACUUCUAUUAAAGUUCAAUGUCAGUACAUAGUGGCAAUAAUCAUUUAGUCUUUCAUCGGUUAUACACUCAUUCAGAUUACUCGUUAUUUCUC